UAUAAAGCUAAACUGACGAUACACGUGAUUGUAAAAUACAAUUCUCAAACAUGAAGACUACAUUGGUGUUGACUCUCUUGUUCUGCGUCGGUCUGACCGUAUUCGCUGAAAGAACCCCUGAACCUGAACCCGAGCCUACUGAAGAUCCUGAAUUUGUUUGCGAAAACUGUAUAUUAUUUACCACUGUUAUCAAGGAAUUAGUCGAAGACGGAAUACCCUUGGAGGAAGUUGAAAGAGACGCAGACAGAUUAUGCGGUGUUUUACCAGGUGAUUUAAGAGAAUAUUGUGAACAUAAUUUGCUCCCAAAAGUUGAUAGAAUCUAUGGCCAGGUCCACAAACAUAAUCCUGAGGAAGUAUGCGAAAAUUUGGAAUUGUGUUGAGAUUUAUUUAGAAUUUUUUUUUUCAAAAUAUGUAAAUUUGAAAACGUCUAAAAUAAAUAUUUAAAUAC